UCUUGAAUACAUUUAUUAUUUUGUCUAUUCCCACCCACUUAACACCUUUGCAUCGCAUUAUUUCAAUUUGUCUUUCGACGUUGCUUCACAUGGUGGAAGAAAUCCCAUGGAAAAUUUAAAUUUUGUUAAAAUUUUGAGGAAUGGAUAAAUGAUAUAAUUGAAUGGCUGUACAAUGCCAUGGAAACAUGUCAUAAAACAAUGAAUUAUAGUUAAUAGUAUUCUAUGUAAUCUCUAUAGUAAUUCGAAGAAUAAGAAUUUGUUGAACGAAUACAUUGAAAACUUUCUUUUGUUCUUUCCGGAGGAGGGGUGUUUCCAUUACGUGUAAACUAGCGUGCGUCAAAGGCACCGACUCUCUCACGGUGGCAGGAUUCACAUCACUAUCACCGCUGUAUUGAUUACACAUUCUCAAGGCCAACACUUGUUCUCGUAUCCAUCCUUGUUAUCCCCAACAAGAUGCUAAUGAGAUGCCGUAAAGAGCGCGAUACAGGUAGUCGUUUGUGAUGCUAACGAUGAUGGCAAAGUUCGCGUUCUUCACCCUGAUAAUCGCAUGGCAGCUCGUAAACAUUGCUGUGGCGCAGAGCGAGGAAUUCCAACCAAGACCUGAUGUGGAGAAGAUGAAUAUCAGGAAGAGGGAAAUGCUGAAUAUUUCAAUCCAUUUGAAUCAGGUUCUUAAGAAGUACGACAAGAAGCUUCGCCCAAAUGCAGGAGGGCUGCCUGUGGAAGUCCAAGUAGAGUUCAAAGUUGUUUCUCUAGGGGGAAUCAACGAAGCAAGUAUGGAAUUUUCGAUGGAUAUAUUUUUCCGUCAAUGGUGGCACGAGCCACGCUUCACUCACAACUACAGCGAGCCGUUUACGAUGGCAGAAGACGCAGGCAAGCUGUUCUGGAUUCCAGACACUUACUUCAUUAAUGCCAAAAAGUCGAACUUCCACAAAGUUACUAAAGAAAACGCGCGAAUCAUCAUUUAUCCUUCAGGAAAUGUUUACUACAGUGUAAGGUUGACGCUAACGUUACAAUGCAACAUGAACCUUCAGUUGUUCCCGAUGGACGUGCAGGCCUGCCCACUGUUUAUAGAAAGCUACGCCUACACGUCAGAGGACAUCAAAUACAAGUGGACGCCACGAGGGACGAAAGGUAUCGAGAUCAUAAGCAACGAGACCGCGCAGUUCGUACUGGUGGAAGCAAGAACAGAGCAGAUUGCCACCGCAAAGAUAUCAGGCCACUUCUCACAGCUGGUGGCCACGUUCUCGUUGAAGCGUCGCUUGGAGUACUUCGCCAUCACCGUGGUGACCCCUGCUAUGAUCCUCGUCGUCCUGUCUUGGUGCUGCUUCUGGAUAGUCCCGGAUGCUAUCCCAGCACGCAUCUCGCUCAGCGUCACCACCAUCCUGUCAACUCUAUUGCUAUCCGGCACCGUCAACGCGCAGAUGCCUAAGGUCAGCUACAUGAAAGCCAUCGACGUCUUUGUCCUCGGCAACUUCGCGUUCAUUUUCCUUUCUCUUAUCGAGUAUGUUGCUGUCUUGAACACCAACCCAAGCUGCCCCUUUAAAAGCGGGAUCCUCGCGAGACUGUGCCGCGCCGAGGAGACCUCGUCCCGUAGAGAUGACAAGGAAUCCAUGCCUGCCUUAAGCUCAAACGGCCAUGAUUGCCGACGACGUCACUCGGGCCAUUCGGUGAAUGAUAUGUACUUGUACGGGAUGAAUGGAUUCGAGUGGGGCGCAACUAGCUACAGCUACCCUCGUGGUCACUACAUCGACAAGAUCUCCCGCGUCGUCUUCCCCGUCCUGUACAUCGCUUUUAUCAAUACCUAUUGGUUCUCGUACCACAUACUUUCUAAGAAGAUUCACGAUCAGCAGGGGAUCCGCAUGGUUACGUCACCUGGAUUCUAGCCUCUCGUAUCCAGUCUCCGGGAGCGUUUUCUUUUUAUCUCAACUCAAGCAUGACACGAGAGGAAAGUAUGAAUGUGAAACACUUUGCAUCAACUCCAUACCGAUAUAGCUUUUAAGUACACCCAAGCCAACCGCAUCACUUAUCUUCAAGCACACCUGACUAAUGGUUUGUAAACAGGGCCGGCAGACGGGGAAAAAUGGGGGUAGGGUUUGUAGGGGGAGGCGCUAGCCCCCACCACUGUUUUCAGCGGAUGAUGUAUUUGCAUGUGAAUUUCAGUAUUCCAUUUUAAGGGCGCGCUCAGAUGCAUUUUACAACCGAUUUGGGGUCUUCGCCCUCCCAACUUUUUGGACCGCUCCCGCGCCUCCUGGUAUCGAUUUUAUUUUCUGUAAAGAUCGUCGCCCAGUCAUAUUUAAUGAUCACAUGGAAACGUUUUGGGCGACGUAGACGGCCGCAUAUGAAUGGCGAGCGUCGUUUUCAACACCAAGGAGUAAUCAUUUUCCAAUAAAACAAUAAUAGUCAUGAAAAUAAUAUCGAGAGACGUAAUUUUAUAUGUUUAGGAGCUAGGAGGAGUUACUGAGGAUGCAAAAUACAAGAGGGCAGUUUUGUGUGUGAUCAAAAUGUUCCAGCAGACGUUGACUCCCUGUUCACCCUGUAACGUGAUUGUCAAAUUUAGCGGGAGGGGGGUAGUUGCAUAUUAGCAAGCCAUGACGAAAACGAUUGGAUAAUAAAAUCAUGAUUAUUGAAA